AUGGUUGACCGGCUUCAGGUGCAGGUUUCAGGAACGGUGGUUUCGCUGGAACUUGUCCCCGUGGAUCCAAGAGAUCUCUUGCGCGGCGACUAUGUGAUCAUAAACCUCGCGAUUGGACGUUUGUCCACGGACCUUCCCGGCGCGGACACCGUCAAGUCCGGUCACACGGUUUACGUUGAGCUUGCGCGCGAUGGCACGGCUUCUGCUCAGCCCGUCUCGAUGUCGCAAACACCGAGGCAAUCAGGAGAACUCGUCAUCGUAGGCACUGUCACGUCGGUUUCAGAUGACAAGAUCUGGGUAGACUAUGGCAUCGAUGCUUUCUUUUUGCCCGAGGGCGAGGGACGGGUGAUUGAAAAGCUCGAUACCAGUCGGGUCCUGCUGGAAGUCGCGAUUGCGGAAGACGGACGCUCCCUCCCGCUCACGUUGCUGGUCGACGGCGAGGUGUUCAAAUCGGACGGGACCUUUUGA